AUGCCAGAGUUGACAACUUCCUUCUUCGACCCACUAUUGGAGAGGAAGCGUUUGGAAACACAUGAUUAUGGUGCUUCAACUGACGUAAGUUACAUGAAGAAAUUUAAGAAUGUUUUUUUUAGUUGACUUCUUCAAGCAGCCUUUGAAGUCAAAAAGUGAUUACAUGGAAGCUCUUACUAGAGUUUUCAAUUUAGAAAAGUUACGAGAAUACUUAUCUAAAUUUGUUGUAUUAUUUCCUGGUGACCACCCCAGUCAGUUUUUUUCCUACACAAAUCUGCCUUGAACAUGUCUUAUAGCCUUGAACAUGUCAGUGCCACAAGAAGAGCUAUUCUCUCUUGUUCCUUUAAAUUAAUUGGAUCUCUACAUAUUGAUUUAAAUGCUGAUGAGGAUUUAGUGUUGAAUUACCACCCAUUCAUUAAAUCUUUGUACGAGUCAUUAUUCCCAAACAGAAUUCUUGCAGCAAAGCCAAAACCUUGGCAUAAAUACAGUUCAUUCUCGAGAUACUUUAUGGAGGAUGGACUUUGAUCAGAAGAAGUGUAAAAGCUGUUUUCCACAAGUGUAAGCAUAUACAGUAUGGUACACUAAUUAAUUUCUUAGACAAUUAUUGCCCUACAGUCUUAUGUUCAUACAAUAUUCUAUUUAAGAUUAACGACUUCUCUAAUUAUUAUGACUCUAUUAUAUUAUACGAAUAUUGGUAAUGAUGCAUUGUUUUAGACAUCAUUAUAGGAAAUCUCUCUUAAUAUGGCUAUUUCUGGUUAAAUACUGGGAAGGUAACAGAUUUUGUACUGAUAUAUUUAAUGUUUUUAAGAAUAAUUUAAAUAUUAUUGAUGAGUCAGUUGUAGAAUGUGUUCACUCUGUUAUUCGAAGACACACAACUGAUGGUGCAUCUGAAAAAACCCUGAGUGAUACCAUGAAAGCAAUCUUUAGUUGUGGGCCAUGCCAAGAGAAUUUUCACAACACUUUUACUCCAGAACGAAACUAUGUAUUUAGUCAUACUAGAGUAGCUAAACUUCUAGUUUCUAUUCUUUCAAAAAUUUGCUCAAGUCCAGGUGAAUCAUAUUCUCUGCCAAGAUCUAAAGGUCAAGCACUGGACUGCACAAUGUACAUACUUCGUACGUUAUUUAGUGAGAAACCGGUCAAGAGCUAUAUAUUGCCACUGGGUUUUCAAUGUGACAAAAAGCCAGAUGUAAACAGUCGCUGUGAUAAUACCUGUGUGGCACCUGAAGAUGUAGAGUGGCAAAUAUGUGAAGGGUGCUGGCAUUCCUUCCAUAAAGAAUGCUUGAAAGAUCUGGCCUAUUGUCCAAUUUGUUCUAACCAUUUAAAUGAUGUUAUUUUAUCUUUAUCAGUAGCAGCUAACACUUCUUUUGUAAAUGGUGGAAGUGGUGAUGAUAAUGAUAGUGAAUGCAAGUAUCAGGCUCAGAUACCGAUGAUGACAGUGAUGAUGAAAUGGAAUGUGACAACUUAG